AAAGUCUGGCGAAGGCCUUUCGGAGAUUCCUUUCUUUCGAUCGACUUCCUUGGCUAAGUACUCGAAUAGCUUUGGUGCCUGUAGCCAACUUCGGAAAUCAAACUUAUAUAGGGUACGGCGAUUGAACUUUUAUUUUAGAAAGCAAACUAAACCCCGUGAACAAUACAGGCGCCCAGCAAUUUCGGUCAGUGGAAUAAUUCCCUAGACCUCCAGUCUAUUCUCAGAUGGGACUCACGCUAUUCUUAGCUGCCCUUUCGUCUGAUCUUCAGGAAGGAAGAUUAAAAGGGAAUGUGGAAAGCAUCCUUUGCCCUAUCGGCACUGUGUUAUCUGUGUAUCCCCAUAGGUUCCCGAAUACACUGGCCCAGCUGGUAGAGUCCGACUGGGAGGAUCCCCUUGAUUGUUCUUCGCUCAUUGAAAGAACCCCACGUAUGGCACGAGGGAGGAAAGAGACUGAUUUCAAUUCAGCGGCAUAUUCGGAACAAGCCUAUCAAUUCCUGGGGGGCAUUUCUCACGACUCGACCUUCCCCGUUGGUUCCUGUGCUUUGAAGCAAGAAGCCAAGAUCGUCUACAAAGACGGACACGAGAGGUCUCUUUUAUCGGUGGAUUCCACUUCCGUGGAAGGCAAUCUCUCCUCGAAGAUGGAUGGGCUUAAUCCAAUAGCCAAAAUAGUCAAAGAAGAUGGCAAAGAAUGCAAGCUGGGAGGGAGGGCGGGAGUGAAUGCACCAUUGGAGGAUGGGGCACGAAAAAGAAGGGUUCCGGAAAGCCAUUUGUUCCCUUCAGCACGCCUUUGUCCUCGAUCAAGGGAAGGUCCUAGUCAGUCUACGAAAUGCACUGGGGGACGUAUACUAUGUUUAUUAUCCCCGGACUGGGCUAUCAACUACUGCUACAAAUCCCAUUAUGAAAGACUCGCUAGCACUAUAUUAACCACUCUUACAGGAAGUUCUCUUGCAGUGGAUGGAAGUCAAAAUGAGACUCAAAUUCGAUUACCCACUAUAGACUCUACAAGGAACCUGGCUCAGAGGAAGAAGGACAUUAGUUUGAAGUCUCGAGUCUCUAUCCCCUCUCUAGUGCUGCUUACAAGGACCGGUUUCCCUACUACCGUGUCAUGGCGAUAUCUGCCUCGAAACCCUCGGCUUGCUUCGUCUCCUAGUGGUGGUUUCCCGUGGAGCGACCCUGCCGAAAGCCCAGUUGUCGAGCGCAGUGGUAAAGGGCAUAGACCUCUAGACAGGACAGAUGGGAUUGUUGGUUUCACAUGCCACCCGCUGAAAGUUUCGACUAGCGCAGCGUGCUUCGUCUGGUCCCUCCAUGAGGAAAGGGCUGGCAAUGGCUUGAUUCUUAUUCUUUAUUCAUUCCAGAACAGGAACUUCACUCAUAUUGUUUUAAUGCCCGAAGUCUGCUUUGCUGCAUCCUCUAUUACCGCCCUAUGGCCCAAGCGUGAACCUUCACUUACGCAUCUAGCCAGCAAAGGAAGACGCAAGGCAAGGUCUGGGCAGCUUGUUACUAACAUUAGAGAAGCGGAACCUCCAAGCUCAGACAUCUCGAACUCUGAAACUACCCUUCUAUCCUUCCUCCGGCACCGGAAGCAGAACUAUCUGACCGAAGGAGAUAGCAGGAAGGGAAGAGGAAUACGGAUGAGAUCAGAAAGGCCAUCAUUGGGGCAAACGAUGCAAUAGCUUCGGUUAGAGCAAAAAAGUACUCCAACUAAAGAACUUUUGUUUGG